AAGUUACUGUUGGUAUUGGAUGGUAUUGGUUACGUGCGGUACGGCUGUCAAAUAAGAGUUCUAGAACAAACAAAUAUUAUCGUGUUGGCUAUCAUUAAUUAAUUAUUGUGCAAUAUUGUGUAUUUUUUUGUUGCCCGUGACUUUGUAAGCAAAGUGUCUGUUGGAAAUUUAAUCUCGUGAGAUUGUCAAAGAAAUGGCGUGGCAGCAAUCAGGAUACCCACAAGGCCCCCCACCACCCGCAGGGUUUAUGCCCGGAGGCUACCCAACUCAAGGAGGCUACCCAGGAUACCCGACACAACCCGGAUACCCACCAGGCUUUCAGCCCCCGCCCCCUGGAAGCGGUUAUCCUCCCGGAGGUUUUCCAGCUCCUCCUGCAUUCCAUCUCCCCCCAGAUAUGAGCAACGUAGAGAGUGGGUAUGGCGGCGGUGCCAACUCCGGCGCCUUCGCCUUCUCAGACAAAUCUAUCCGCAUGGGCUUCAUUAGGAAGGUGUACAGUAUACUCAUGGUCCAGAUAGCUGUCACUGUCGCAAUAAUUGCUCUUUUCACAUUCCACGAAGGUACAAAAGUCUAUGUCCGAACCCACCCCGGACUAUGGUGGUUGGCUAUGAUCUUCAUGUUUGCCACAAUGAUCACUCUGGCAUGUUGCGGAGAUGUAAGACGCAAGGCCCCGAUGAACUUCAUUUGUUUGGGAAUCUUCACUUUGGCCGAAGGGUUUCUACUUGGCUGCGCCACAUCCAUGUAUAAACGCGAGGAGGUGUUUUUUGCUGCUCUUAUUACUCUUGUGGUAGUUGUCGGGCUCACCUUAUUCGCUUUCCAAACAAAGGUCGAUUUCACUGCCAUAGGAGGAAUAUUAUUUGUCGCCGUCCUAAUUUUGAUGGUGUUUGGAAUCAUAUGUAUGUUUUUCCCUGGAAAGACAAUGAUUCUUAUCUACUCUUCGUUCGGAGCUCUUCUCUUCUCCGUUUACAUUGUCUACGACACGCAGAUGAUGCUGGGUGGGGAUCACAAGUAUUCCAUUUCUCCUGAGGAAUACGUUUUUGCUUCUCUCAAUCUCUACAUGGACAUCGUCAACCUGUUUCUGUACAUUCUCACCAUCAUUGGAGCAUCCAGGGAUUAACCUAGUCACAUUCCCGUCAUUGUAAUAUAUGUGGCUUUCACUUGAAGACUGUUUGUUGUUUAUAUGUGAAUAAACACAUAGAUUACAUAACCUCUGAAUAUAGUACACACUAGUAAACAUUGUACAGCCAUUGUUAAAGUUUAAUAAAAGCAAAUCUAUCUUUUUCCCUCUAAGAUUCUUGUGAUAUAACCUAUUUUGUUAGAUUCUAUUAAUAAUAUUAAUAAUUAUAUUUAUAUACAUGUUCGUUCCUAGUUCACUGUCUGUUUGGUCUGAAACAAAAGUUUGGUGUUAAACAAUGAUUUGCAUUUUGGAAGGAGGAUUGUGUUUAGAGAGAACCUGAGGUUAACCUAGUGUUAGUGUAGUAUAUUGUAAUUAUUAUGUUGAAUUGAAAUUCGUAGUCACAAUUUUUAUUUGACUAACAGCAACCAUUGCUGUGUUAUUUACUUCUGCAAAAUUUGACAUCAAAAUAAUAUGCUGAAUUGCUGCAUUGUGCAAACAUCAUUACACAAUCUGCCUUAAGCCACACUUUUUUUAUCCUCGGCCGAGAUGCUAGAAAAAUAUUUUAAUGUAGUUGUUUUAUGAUGAAAUUGUAUGAUGUGUAUCCCAACCGUAUGUAUUUGCUGUAGUAUUAAUUUUUGUAUCAAUAAAUUAUUGUGUGUAACA